GCUUAAAGCACGAGUUUCCUUUCAGGGAAAUAACAAUCAACUCAUGAUUUUUCAUCGGAAGAACACUGACUGAAUCUCUUCUUCAUCUCCACGUUUGUGUCAAGAGAACCUUGCCUUCUUUUGAGCGUAAGUCAUGAGCUGGUUGUUCCUCAGAGACCUCCUGAGUGGAGUCAAUGAACACUCAGCGGAGACGGGGCGGGUUUGGCUUGUGGCUGUGUGCAUCCUCCGUGUGCUGGUCUACGUGGCGACAGCAAAGCAGGUGUGGAAAGAUGAGCAGAAGGACUUUGAGUGCAACGUCAGACAGCCCGGUUGUGAAAAUGUGUGCUUUGACUACUUCUUCCCCAUCUCCCAGGCCAGACUCUGGGCCUUACAGCUGAUCGUGGUCUCCACACCUUCCCUUCUGGUGGUUCUGCAUGCAGCCUCCUGCGAGGGUAGAGAGAAAAGGCCCAGAGAGAGACUCUCCGUCGGCCCGGGUAGGAGGGGCGGGGGCCUGUGGUGCGCUCACCUGGUCAGCCUCCUGGUUAGAACUGGUUUGGAAAUCGGCUUCCUGGUUUUAUUUUACAAGCUGUACGAUGGGUUCAGUGUUCCCCACCUCGUGAAGUGUGACUUGAAGCCUUGCCCCAGCACUGUGGAGUGCUUCAUCUCUAAACCCACCGAGAAAACCGUCUUCACCCUCUUCUUGGUGGUCAGCUCAGGCCUGUGCAUUGUGUUGAAUAUCACUGAACUGAGCUUUUUGGUUCUCAAGUGGCUGAUUAAGUACUGGCUUCAAAAAUACCCUAAAAGACUCAGGUCUUCAGCGUGGGAGCGCCGCAACCUCAGGUCCCCCAACCGCGCUGAGCUAGGGGCCCCGGCCCUGCUGCAGGACCACCGUGAGGACUCCGCUGGGAGCCCGCCCCGCGGGAUGGAGCAGAGCUACCGCGUGCCGCACGAGGGUUAGGCGAGGAAAACCUGCGUCCCUCCUUAGGCAAGACAAAGGGUGUGGGCCUUAAUUGUCAUUUGAAAGGAAUCUUAAAAAUUUCCAUAUGCACUCGGUUAUGUAUGUUAGAGUUCUCAUUGUCUCCCUGUAGGGUUCAUGUGGGUCCCCUGAGUUGUGUUUUAAUAGUCAAUCAACAAUGAAUCUGAAGAAAUCCAACUGAUAGCAUGAUUCAGAGUGCUUUGAUCUGUCAACUGGAAAAUAUAAAAAGUGACCCUGUUGAUAAACGUGAUGGUCACGGAGGCGCUAAGGCUCUUUCCGAAGUGGCCCAGGCCGACUGAGGCUGUGGAGAGAAAGCCCACGGGGAGCAGGGGGCGAAGUGGUCUCCAAGGUAAAAGCAAACACUACUGAAACAGUCCAUUUAGGACUGAGCUAGCAGACACUCCGAGAAGGUCACUGUGCAGUCCCGCAGGGAGGGAGGCCCCGGGAAAGAAGCCGACUGAUGGGGGCCGGGGAGGACUCAGAAAAAGGACAUGCCCCCUCAAUACCUGACACUUCUCUUUCACCGUGGAACAUUGCAAUGCUGCGCAAUUUCCAUACUGUUGAAUCUUUUUGAAGUGAGGAAUUCACAAUGUAUUAUACAAUCUGUCACAGUUUGCCUACAGUUUAGUAGUACAUCUCCCUCUGGAAUAGAUAAUAAAAUGAGCACUGUACUGCUACAUUGAUGCAAAACAUGUCAACGAAUAAAGACGUGUUUAUGACCACUUAAUCUGAAGACCAUAGCUUUCUCUUACUUUCCUGUAUAAAAAUCACAGAUAUAUUCUUCUUGGAUUUAAUAUUCUAACAUAUGUGCGCUUCUCCAGAAUAAAAAUGAAAUGGU